AUGACUGCUGAUAAAAAUGAAUAUCCUAAGGCUUCAAAUGCCACCUUAAUAGGAGCUACAAUUACAUAUGUAUCAGGACUGUUCCUGUUACUGUCGUUUGCUGGACCUUAUUGGAUAGAAUCGUACCCAGAAAUGUUUUCUUCGUUUAAACAUAUGGGUUUAUGGGAGUAUUGCUUUGAUCGUUUUCGAUUUCCAGGUUUCCAAUAUGACAAAUAUUUCACUGGAUGCCAUUACGUUUUUGGUCAAGAACUCCAUAUGAUUCGAGAAUGGCUUCUUCCUGGUUGGUUAAUGGCAGUGCAAACAUUUGUAACUCUUGGUCUUAUCCUUUCAUUUACUGCUCAAGUUUUAUUAGCUUGUGUAAUUAUACGCUGGCCUCUACGUACUGUGUUAAGAUAUGAAUGGAUAGUUGUAUCAAUAUCAUUUGUAAUGGUUGCUCUAUGUAGUGUAUUUCUAUUCUUGGCUAUAGCAGUAUUUGGAGGCAAUUGUUACAGAAGGGAUUGGUUAUUGUACCCAUCAUUCAAUGUGCUAUCCUGGUCUUAUGCGUUUGCUGUGGUAGCUUCUAUAUUAUUUGGUUUGGCUGCAAUAUUGCUGUUCCUAGAGUCUCGUAAAUUAUAUGAAUUGCGUCUAGAAGCAAAGAACUUAGUAGCUCAAAUGCAGCAUAGUCAGCCCGAGCAUGCAUUGCACCAAUUGCGUGACCAGUUGCAUCAACAACAGCAAUUAGGUUAUUUCAGGAAU